AGUCCCCCAGAUGUAGACAAACGUCCAGAAAGGGAUCUUCUACUUCGAUCUGAGUUUCCCAGGAACUCAGCCUUGGCUGUCCCCUCUCUGCCCAACCCGGGGUGGGACGCUUAGGUGAAGCAAGGGUGCGCUUCUCAGGUGGCUCCCGGCAUAACUGAGAGGGAACUCCGAGAGCCGCCAAGGGGAGAGAGGCAGCCAGUCGCUCGCGCGGACCACGCGAGGGGUGUGGCCAGAGGCAAAGGUUAAAGAACCCAGGAGGAGAAAAUUUCAGUCUUGACCGCAAUAAAGAUGGCGAAAUCUGCUUAGCGCUCGUGCUAGAUUGGGGUUACGUAGGCCGGCGUGCUGCAAACCAGCUCCGGGCGGCUCUGGGUAGGUUGUUUUGUGAGCUGCAGAACGCACACUUUUGCUGGAAGGGACUGAGGCGACACCAGCGCUGCUUCGUGAGAGCCUUGGGUUCUCUCUCCUGCCUUCACUCGUUUCGGUGUCCACGGUCGGACUGACUUGUCUUUCAGUUUGCUUUGUCCCUAUGUGUACCAGAAUCAGUGCUGCAUAGUUUGAGCCUGAUAGGACUGACUUUACAAAUGAGACAUUUAAGUCACAUCUACCAAGAAGUAUGAUUUGAAUGAAACCUUAUCUUAUACAAGUUUUCAGAUAUUUUUAACCUGAGUUAUCAACUGUCUGCAGUUGUUCAUAACCUGAGGGGUGCAUGACCCUGAAGGGGAGGGAUGAGAACUGCGGAUCUUAGAUGCUCUGAGAACCCGCUACUGUAUACUGUAUACCUGUGAAAUCAGUCAUAUGCUGGCAGCCCCAAAGGGAGCAUAAACCAGGGACUUUGAUAUCAUGCAGCAGAAGAGCAAAUUAUUUCUCCAAGCUUUGAAGUAUAGUGUUCCUCACCUUGGGAAAUGCAUGCAGAAACAGCAUUUGAAUCACUAUAACUUCGCUGAUCAUUAUUACAAUAGAAUAAAAUUGAAAAAAUAUCACCUAACCAAGUGUCUGCAGAAUAAACCCAAGAUAUCAGAGUUAGCAAGAAACAUCCCAAGUCGGAGCUUCUCAUGUAAGGAUUUUCUGCCUAUUAAACAAGAAAACGAAAAAUCCCUUUCAGAAAACAUGGAUGCAUUUGAAAAAGUAAGAGCAAAAUUAGAAACACAGCCGCAAGAAGAAUAUGAAAUCAUCAAUGCAGAGAUUAAACACGGUGGUUUUGUUUAUUAUCAAGAAGGUUGCUGCUUGGUUCGUUCCAAAGAUGAAGAAGCAGACAGUGAUAAUUAUGAAGUUUUAUUCAAUUUAGAGGAACUUAAAUUAGACCAGCCCUUCAUUGAUUGUAUCAGAGUUGCUCCUGAUGAAAAAUACGUAGCUGCCAAGAUAAGAACUGAAGAUUCUGAAGCAUCUACCUGUAUAAUUGUGAAGCUCAGUGAUCAGCCUGCAAUGGAAGCGUCUUUCCCAAAUGUAUCCAGUUUUGAAUGGGUAAAAGAUGAAGAAGAUGAAGAUGUUUUAUUCUACACCUUCCAGAGGAACCUUCGCUGUCAUGAUGUAUAUCGAGCCACUUUUGGUGAUAACAAACGUAAUGAACGUUUUUACACAGAAAAAGACCCAAGCUAUUUUGUUUUCCUUUAUCUGACAAAGGACAGUCGUUUCCUCACCAUAAAUAUUAUGAACAAGACCACUUCUGAAGUGUGGUUGAUAGAUGGCCUAAGCCCUUGGGACCCACCAGUACUUAUCCAGAAGCGAAUACAUGGGGUCCUUUACUACGUUGAACACAGAGAUGAUGAAUUAUACAUUCUCACUAAUGUUGGCGAGCCUACAGAAUUCAAGCUAAUGAGAACAGCAGCUGAUACCCCUGCUAUUAUGAAUUGGGAUUUAUUUUUCACAAUGAAGAGAAAUACCAAAGUCGUAGACUUGGACAUGUUUAAGGAUCACUGCGUUCUAUUCCUGAAGCACAGCAAUCUGCUUUAUGUUAACGUGAUUGGUCUGGCUGAUGAUUCAGUUCGGUCUCUAAAGCUCCCUCCUUGGGCCUGUGGAUUCAUAAUGGAUACAAAUUCGGACCCAAAGAACUGCCCCUUUCAGCUUUGCUCUCCAAUACGUCCCCCAAAAUAUUACACAUAUAAGUUUGCAGAAGGCAAACUGUUUGAAGAAACUGGGCAUGAAGACCCCAUCACAAAGACUAGUCGUGUUUUACGUCUAGAAGCCAAAAGCAAGGAUGGAAAAUUAGUGCCAAUGACUGUUUUCCACAAAACGGAUUCUGAGGACUUGCAAAAGAAACCUCUCCUGGUACAUGUAUAUGGAGCUUAUGGAAUGGACUUGAAAAUGAAUUUCAGGCCUGAAAGGCGAGUGUUGGUGGAUGAUGGAUGGAUAUUAGCAUAUUGCCAUGUUCGGGGUGGUGGUGAGUUAGGCCUCCAGUGGCACGCUGAUGGCCGUCUAACUAAAAAACUCAAUGGCCUUGCUGACUUAGAGGCUUGCAUUAAGACGCUUCAUGGCCAAGGCUUUUCUCAGCCAAGUCUAACAACCCUGACUGCUUUCAGUGCUGGAGGGGUGCUUGUAGGAGCAUUGUGUAAUUCUAGUCCGGAGCUCCUGAGAGCCGUGACUUUGGAGGCACCUUUCUUGGAUGUUCUCAACACCAUGAUGGACACUACACUUCCUCUGACAUUAGAAGAAUUAGAAGAAUGGGGGAAUCCUUCAUCUGAUGAAAAACACAAGAACUACAUAAAACGUUACUGUCCCUAUCAAAAUAUUAAACCUCAGCAUUAUCCUUCAAUUCACAUCACAGCUUAUGAAAAUGACGAACGUGUACCUCUGAAAGGAAUUGUAAACUAUACUGAGAAACUCAAGGAAGCCAUUAUGGAGCAUGCUAAGGACCCCAGUGAAGGCUAUCAGACCCCCAACAUUAUUUUAGAUAUUCAGCCUGGAGGCAAUCACGUGAUCGAGGAUUCUCACAAGAAGAUUACAGCCCAAAUUAAAUUCCUAUACGAGGAACUUGGACUUGACAGCACCAGUGUUUUCGAGAAUCUUAAGAAAUAUCUAAAAUUCUGAAAUGCUGCAUUCAAUGGGAAUUGGAAACACACUGAAAUAGUUCAGUCUUAUUUCUGAUUGGGUUAGCAAAAGUGAGAUUUUUUUUUUUUUUUAGGUUAGUAAAUAAUUUUUAAAAAUUUGCUUCUCCACAUUUUGUUUAGUGUACAUCUCACUUGCUUAUACUGUUCUCUCCAUUGAUGCCCCUUAGCCUAGGAAAGUAGUUUUCAAAUCAUGCUCCUUAGAAGGACAUGGAGUAGAGGGUGAAAGGAGGAUUGGUGACAGCAGAACUCUCCCUUCCCCAUCAGAACAGCCUUGUUUUUGUGUAUUUUACUAAGAUGUUCUUUGAACAGUUUACAAGUCAAGGUCCUGCCUCUUUGCUAGUGAAUGCUGUUGACACUUGGGCAGCAAGUCACCCUCCAAUUUCUAUGCCUGCAUUUUAUGGAAAAAGAAUAUUCUUCACAUUCAAAUUCAUUAAAUCAUUCUAAUAAUCUGGAGUCCCAAGGUGUUCUGAUCACUCUUAUUGAGGCUAUCUCAAUAAUAUUACAAGUUUUGUGCACGCGAUCAUUUUCUUUUAAACAUUUUAUUAUUCUUUAGAAACAUUUGAGAACCUUUCCUAAAGCAGUUACAUUCAAACUACAGAAAUAACUAAGAAUUAAUGACUGUACAUGAAGUUACUGCAAAUGCUUGUGAGAGAACAGAAUGCUAGUGUCUUCAUCUGUUUCAUAGAAGCGCCCUAACACAAGCUGUACAGUAUGUUAAACACACUGGAAUAGCAUGCCCGAUUGGAAAUAAAACAUCUGUCUCUGAAAGCAGUUUGGUGAUGAAGAAGAUUCUUCGUGUUGUAUUCAAGGAUGUGUCCUUCUCCCUUGUCUAAUACAAUGGCAGACGUGUCAACUUCACUGCGUUUGUAGGCAGAAUUGGUACUUAACCUUAUCCUCACUCUUGUGGGAAUAUCUGAAAUCAUUUCCUUUAGAUUUAGCAGUGAUGAUUCUCCAAAAUUCAGAACCACGAGAAAGACUGUGUCAAUGCCAUCCAGCUCUCUUGUGUACAUGACAGAGUGGCUGUCAUUCCUCAGAUGACAAAACCAGCCCCUGCUAAGGAGCAGCUCAUUGGCAUGAAGCAAACUUAAUUCUUGAUAUAACUUCAAUGCUGAUGUGGGCUGAGUCUUUUGGACCUAUUUUUUAAAAAAGAGUAUUAACAUAAAUGUUUGAUUCUAACAGUUUUUAAUAUUUUUAGUAUUAAAUAAGGAAUUAUUUCCCAAAAACGCUUGCUUCAAUUUUGCCCCUUGAAAUAACUUCCAAAUUGUAAGUAUAAGUAAGUAGAUAAAAAUAGAUUAUGUAACUACCGAUGGAAAUUGCAAGUGCAGGCUUUCGCCUUGUCUGGAAGUCAUUGCAGUACGCACAGUGCUCUACCACAUCUUGGCAGAGCUGAUAUAGACCACAUUUGUUUUAGGAAUCCCAGAACAAAUGUCCUUGUCUAAGUUAGUGGAUAUUUAACUUGCCUAAAUAAUGUUACUUUAUGCUAUAUUGUAACUGGCAGAAAAGCAGCCACCGGAGCCAUGGACUCUAGGAACUUUUGGUGAAUUGGGGCUUCUCUGUUCUCUUUUGUAGAAUAAUGUGUAGGUUGCUGUAACUUCACUAGACAUAUAUUUCUUGCAUAGCCAAUGAUGAACAGAAAGUUGCAAAAAAGGAUGUAAAGCAAAACACUGCCUAAAGUAAAAGUUAGAAAUUGGACUUUUUUUUUUACCCAUAAAGGUAAUAUAUGUCCAUUAAAGAUUUGGGUUUAUUUUACAGCCAUGCAAAACAAUGUAACUUAAUAUUGUACUUUUCUUGCUUUUUUUCCUUUAACAUUUGAAGCAUCUAACCUCCAUAAAUGUCAUUUUAAUGAAUAUUGAAGUAUUAUUUAAAGAAUAAUACUCUGUUAAAUGGUUAUACCAUACUUAACCAUUCCCUUUCAUUUCAACAUUCGAGUUUCUAAUAUUUUCUUAUAUUAUUAAUGCUCCCACCCUUACUUGGAUUAUUUAUUUAGGAUAUAAAUAGCAGAAAAACAAUUACUAUGUCAGAGUAUGGACGCUUGAUACAUAAUGCCAAAUUAUUCUUCAUAAGAGCUGUUGCCAAAUCAGUGAUAAUAUUCAUUUCACUGUACUCUUGCCAGCCAUCACUCCAGUGAUGGUUGUGGUGGUGGUUGUCGUCAUUUGGGGGCAGGUGCCUAAUGUGCGGUCUUUAAUGAAUAUCUAAUGAAUGUUUGAAAAAAAUGAUUAUUCUCUGUUUAUCAGGUACAAAGGUAUUUAUGGUACAUGUAUAUGGUAUGUGUAUAUGACUUGUCAAAUUACUAUUAACAUUUUCUAUAGCCUUAGAUAAUGCAUGAAAAAGCAUAGUUCAGUGCCACUCACAUAAGAAGUGCCCAAUAAGUGUUAACUAUUAUUUUUGUCUACUUGGUUUUACCACCUUCUAAAAGUAUGUUGAAGUGUCUCUCUGUCAUUGUGGAUUUGUCAGUUUCUCUCUGCAUUUCUCAGAGUACUUGUUUUAUAUAUUUUGAAGCUAUUGUUAGAUGAUAGAUUCAUGAUUUGUAGUGGAAUGUUCUUUUAUCAAUUUUUGAAAAUUGCCCUUGUCUCAUAAUGCUUUUCAUAUUGAAUUCUAUUUUGUCUGCUAUUAAAUAUUUCCAUACCUGC